AUGAUGGACGGCACUGCUAUCGUGUCGGAUGACCACUUCGACCCUCCCUCGCGUCUCUUCGACCGUCUUCGCCAGAUCGCUGGCUAUACCUGGGACGAAUCCCGUCUCCCGUUUCACACGUCCUACGACAUCUGGCACGUCUGUGGCACUAGAUUCGUGUCACCAUAUCAACCCUCAUCCACCUCAUCACACCCCGCCUCGAGUCCUGGAUCGACCGCGAGACUACAGUCCGGCCGGCCGUCGCCCUCCGAACAUGCGAGCUCCUCGAGCCUCCAUGGCGGUCUCCCCAGCGAUGCCAGCAGCGACUUCUCCGCCACUUCGCCUCCCGCGAACCCGGCCGGCGCCGCCGAGAUAUCCUAUAUAGAAGAACCCGUUGUCGCUCGCGUCUCAUAUCAUGUGCUCCGCGAAGAGAGGGCCUUUCACAUCGCAAAGAACCUGAUCGCUACGGCGGAUCCCAACGGACACCAUAUUGUCAAACCUCUCGAUCUCAUUCGUCUGGCGCCGCACCCAGGCGAUCGUGGUUCCAUCAUUGUUGCUAUCUACCAACACCCGGGUCAAAAUAAUCUGUUCGACCUGAUCGACAUGGGCCCGGCGUUUUACAAGGCCAAAAAGGUGGAUGAUAGAUAUGAGGCAUACCGCAAAGACAAUUUCCGACUGGAUGCGCAGAUUAACCUGCAAGAUUUUCUUGACUUUGCCAUUGGCGCAAGCCAGUGUCUAGAAAUCCUCCACUACGGGCAGGUCAUUACCCAUGGAGAGAUUAGGCCCGACUCUUUCCACUUUAAUAUCGAAACGAAUUCGGUCAAGCUGAUUAACUUCGGCACCGGAACGAGGUCUUUUGAGGGAGGCCUGUCCAGCACCUCAUGGUCGAGUCUGUCAAAGGAAGUCGGCGCCAAGAACAAGCUUCUCUACAUCAGUCCCGAGCAGACUGGACGCAUGCCGGCUGAACCCGACAGCCGGACGGACAUAUACUCUUUGGGCGUCGUCUUCUGGACUUUGCUCACCCAGCAGCCUGUGUUUGAGGGCGAGACGCCUUUGGAUAUCGUCCAAGGCGUUCUGGGUCGACGAAUUCCCAAUGUGUCCCAGGUCCGACUCGACAUACCUGACGUUAUUGGGCGUAUAAUACAGAAAUGCACCGCCAAAACCGUGGCCGACAGAUACCACUCGGCAAGUGGUCUGAAGCAUGACUUGUUGAAGGUGCAGCAAUUCCUGACCGAUGGCGACUGGUUGGCAUUGAAGGAGUGGAAGAUCGGUGAAAAGGACAUUUCUUCCUUCUUCAUCUUGCCUAGCAUGAUGAUCGGACGUCAAAAAGAGAGAGCAGAAGUAAUAAGAGUGAUCGAACGAGUUGCAAAGAGUCACUCCAUGAACCAAAAGUCGGCGAACAACCGUUUUUCAGACGGAUCCCAGCUUUCGAACGAAAUGCCAGACUGCGCGGAUCUUUCGAGCGAGGGAGCCAGCUCGGCAGAAGGCACAACCCGGCGAAGCGGCUCCUUUACUCAUACCACAUCCUCGGAUCCUAGGCAAUCAAAGGCUAGCUUCGUACCCUCCAUUUUGUCCGACACCCAGACCAUAUCUGGGGACACCAUCGCCUCAUCCAACUCCGGUCCGCUUGCCCGUAUGACCAGGCCGUGGGAGAGGCAUCAGUCUGUGUCCAUAGAGACUCGGAGCCUUAUCGACGGAAUGGCAACCCCGACAGACAGCAACCGGCACAGCGCCGUUGAGUCAACUUCGUCCAGUCUGUCGCGUCAGCUUGGUUCUGCUAAAUUUCGCAGGCGCGGUCACUGUGAGAUCGUGUUGGUGGAGGGCGCCGGUGGUCUCGGCAAGAGUUGUCUGUACCAGUCUGUUCUCGCCGAAGCGAGACGGAGAGGAUAUUGUGCCACGGCGAAGUUCGAUACGGCUCGCCGUACUGCUUUCGGGCCGCUGCUGAAGCUUUUGUCGUCGUUGUUCAAGCAGGUUUUUGGAGAGCGGAAUACGGAUACUCCCUUCCAUCAAGCCCUGAAGCAGUACGUCCGACCUGUGUGGCCAACGCUGCAUAAAGUCCUCGGAUUGCCUGAUUUCCUCAUCGGCGCCCUCGAUAAUUCCCUGCCGCGAUCGGCUUCCAUUACACAAAGUGUGAGCCAGACGCGAAACGUCAGAGCGGGACUCAAGAGGCGCGGCUCUUCGCCAGGCAGUUCUCCCGGUCGCCUACCGAGGCCUUCCGUCAUCUCUUCUCAGGCAUCGCAGGACUUUCUGAGAGCUGGCGGCGCAACGAAAACAAUGCGUUUAAUGAACACUUUCCUUGACGUCUUGCGCAUGUUCACCUCGCAUAAAUUUAUUUGCUUUGUAUUGGAUGACCUGCACUUUGCGGACGACGAAUCUCUGGAGCUGAUUACUCAGAUCAUUGGGGCGAGGAUGAAGAUGGUUGUCAUUAUAACCUACCGCCCCGAAGAGUUAUCUCCUGAGCGGGUCCAGUCCAUCAUUCAGCCUCCCGAGUCCGAAGAAUUUCCCCGAUCAGGUGGGCCUAUUGUCACCCGCAUCAGACUUGCUCCCCUAGGCGAAGAAGACAUCAUCCAGUACGUCUCAACAACGCUCUGCAGGCCAAAGGAAGAAGUCCUCCCGCUGGCCAUCGUGAUCCAGUCAAAAACAGCAGGAAACCCGUUCUAUAUGCGAGAAAUGCUUAGUGCCUGCUACCGCAAGAAGUGCAUAUGGUACGACUACAGAGACAGCAAUUGGCAUUUCGAUCUCGACAAGCUCUUCGACAAUUUCCAAGGCGAGAGUGACUACGACAUACUCGAUACGGGCUUCAUCACGAGGAGGCUCAACGAGCUGCCACCGUCUUCUCGAGCUAUCCUCGCUUGGGCCGCCUUGUUGGGGUCAUCUUUCUCCUUCGAACUCAUCUCCAGACUCCUGAGCGGCGAGUUUCAGUACGAGGAUGAUGACGAAACGACAUGUCAGGGACCAGGCAAUGAACAGUACCACGCCUUUUACUCCUCGCAAGAAGCAGUUAGCGGGCUACAGGCCGCCGUCCAGGCCUACAUAAUCGUUCCUAGCGAGACGGACGAUAGAUUUCGCUUCGCCCAUGACCGGUUCAUCCAGGCAUCUGCGGCAUUGAAGGAGUGCAACGCGAGAAAGAUGCAUUUCGUCAUCGCUCAAACCCUAUUGAAAUAUUACUCUGCCGACCCAAGAGCGAAGGACAGUACUGCUUCACAUAUUUGCGAGUCUGUCGACAUCAUCAAGAAGCGCAUUGCCCGGCGCGAGCCGUACCGAAAGCUUCUAUUCGAUUGUGCUCAAUCGGCUGUGGAGAACUGUGCCAGACCAACGGCUUCCAAGUUUUACAGCACCGCAGUUGCACUGUUGCAAUCAGAUCCUUGGAACGAUGAGCUCGAGGAUGUGUCGUACGAUGAGACCAUGCAGCUGUAUCUCCGAGCAGCGGAGUGCUAUCUCUACAUGGGUAAUCAUGGUGCAGCAAAUGCCCUGCUUCAGACAGUUUUCAAGUGCGCUCGAAGCCCAUUGGACAAAGCGCCCGCCUACGUCUUGCAAUCGAGAACACUGGCACAGAUCGGCAACGCCAAAGGGGCUUUGGCUGCACUGAAGGAGUGCUUGCAUGCGCUGGAUGUCGAGUUUGACGAUGAGCCGACAUUUGAAAAAUGUGACGAUCAGUUCGAGAAGAUGUCUGUGAGGAUUCAGACUAUGGACCAAAAUGAGCUCCUCAAUCCAGCACCCUCGCUCGAUCCUGGCCUGCCGUCUAUCGGUGCUGUGCUGGCUGAGACUGUCAGCGCUGCCUGGUGGAGCGACUAUCUUCGAUUUUAUCAUCUUUCGCUGGUUAUGCUAGACCUUCACCUCACUCAUGGCGCGUUCCCACAAUCAGGAAUGGCAUUCCUGCACCUUGGGAUCAUUGCUCUCGCCAGGUUCAACAUGGUCAGCUUCGCGGUCGAAGUGGGCAACGUCUGCAUCGAGCUGCUCGACCGAUUUCGAGACCCAUUCUCCAUGGCAAGAGGUUACAUGCUCUACGCCAACUUCAUCGGCCACGUACAAAUACCAGUCGCGGUUGCCUUGAACCACUUAGAAGGCUCGGUGGAAUAUGCUGCUGCUGCAGGUGACAGAAUCUCGUCCAUUCUCAGUUUCGGCUUGGCAGCGCAACUCAAGUUCUUUUCCAGCGAGAACUGCUCUGAUCUGGAGGCCUUCUGCCAAUAUGGGUGCGAGGAGAUACCGAACUGGCACCAAGACACUAGAGGCGGUACUCUUCUUAUCUCAAUCCGGCAAGCUUGCCGUGCUUUGCAGGGCAAGACUCGUACAACCGAUGCCCUCGAGGUCAUGACCGACGACCAACACAAUUCGGCAAGCUACAAGGCUUGGCUGACAGCAAAUACCCAAAACGGCAACCGGUCCAUUCUGUGGUACGAGAGCAUCGAGCUUGUCCCCCUGUUCAUCUACGGCCACUAUGACCGCGCUAUUGAGAUUGGGGAAGCAUGCUAUGAAAGUGUACAGAAUCUAUGGUCCGCGCGGAACAGCAGACUGGUCGUUUUCUUUUACGGCCUUGCUCUUGCGGGACGUAUGCUCCGCAGAGUCCACGACCCUCGCCUAGACCCAAGCAGUCUCACCGAGGAAACUGAGCAAACCGUCUACAAGCUCCGGGAGUUGACGAAAAGAAUCAAAGAGUGGGAGGUCUACACCGAAGUCAACUACCUUUCGUGGUCUAAAAUUUUGGAGGCUCAAGUCGACGAGUUGACAUGCGACUACGGAGGUGCCGUUAAGCUUUACGAAGAGGCCUUGGACAACGCUGAAGAGCACAACUACUUGUUUGAGGUGGCGCUCGCCAACACGCUGAUGGCAGGCACCCUUGUCAGACGCAAAGCCAGGAGGCUGGCUCGCUCUGCGUUCAGGGAUGCAAUCGCGUUCUAUCGACAGUUUGGUGCCGUGGCCGUGGCCGAGCGUUUGGAAGAGGAGCAUGCGAUUUUGCUCCACACUCCGUCAAGAAACCCAAGGACCACCGACGCAGCAGUGCAAACCGAUUUUGCCGGAAAUGACGGCACCGUUGACUACCGCGCCGUCGAGGGCGAGGACGGUCCCGAUGGCCUGCAACAGGCCAACCAGACCGCCAUUGCCGACAUCAAGGGUGAGCGCCUCGGCGCGUGGCGCGGAUCGAUGCAUGAACACAAUGAACUUGGAGCAGGUCUGCCUGCCCUCGAUAUGAUCGAUUUGCACGCGAUCCUGCUUUCUUCCCAAGUAAUCUCGGGUGUCCUACGAGUCGACGAACUGCUCAAGACAAUGUGCGACGUUAUCUUACAGACCUGCGGCGGAUCAGCAACGCUCGCGGCUAUUGUCGUUCAGGACUCGGACGAGUCUGGCUGGUGUCUCGCGGCGAGCGGUGACCCAGAAAGAGGUGCGUCGGCGCAUAUUCCUGGACUGCCGCUCGCGGGCACAUCUCUAGUCGCAGAAAACGUCAUCCUGUACUGUACUCGUUUCCGCGAAGCCGUCUUCAUUCCAGACAUCAUCAGCGAUGAGCGCUUCGGCAACGUCAGCGAAGCUUGGCUGCAAAGGAAUGUCCUGAGUAAAGCCAUCAUUGCCAUCCCCAUAUGCCACGGCUCCAAACCGCUACUUGGGGUGCUGUACUUGGAAGGCGAGCCGGGCUCGUUCACCGACCGCAACGUGUCUGUCCUCCAGCUCCUAGUCAAUCAAAUCGGCAUCAGUUACUCCAACGCCCUGGCAAUGAAAGCCGUUGAAAAGGUUUCGGCUGAGAACGUCUCCAUGGUCGCUCUUCAGAAGCGGGCUCUCGCCAAGGCGCUGGAAGCAGAGACCAAAGCCAAACAUGCCGAGGCCGAAGCCAAGCGCAACGUCAAGCUCGCUGAGGAAGCUGCCAAGGCCAAAUCGAUAUUCCUGGCCAAUGUCUCCCACGAGCUGCGGACGCCCCUCAACGGCGUCAUCGGCAAUUCGGAGCUGCUCAGAGACAGCGACUUGGACAAGGAUCAGCAAGAAAUGGCCGAUUCGAUAAGGGUGUCGGCCGAGUUGCUGUUGACCGUCAUCAACGAUAUCCUUGACUUCUCUAGAAUGGAGGCCGAUAAGAUGAAGCUAUACGUCAUUGCGUUCAACCCAGAAGAAAUGGUUCGGGAAGUUGUUCGCGCCGUUUCGUAUAGCAACAGGCAAAAGACGCACCAGAGGAACGUCAAGAUCAUUCAAGACAUCAAUUUGCCGCCAAUGCUCAUCUACGGAGACCCCAUCAGACUGCAUCAGGUUCUCGGCAAUCUCAUCGGCAACAGCUUGAAAUUCACCGAAGACGGCUCGAUUACAAUUGGGGCCCGUGUCGAUUCAGAGACCCACGACAAAGCGACGUUGAUUUUCAGAGUUCAAGACACCGGUAUCGGCAUUCCUGAGCAACAGCUCGUCAAACUCUUCCAACCAUUUAGUCAGGCCGAUAAUAGCACGGCACGUAAGUAUGGUGGCAGCGGUCUAGGUCUGAGUAUCUGCAAGUCCUUGAUCGAGACAAUGAUGAAGGGUAAGAUUCGGCUUGAAAGUCAAGAAGGUGUAGGGACCACGGCUUGGUUCGCCGUCACCUUUGACAAGGCCAAGUCAGACGUAUCUGCGGGAGACGCACAGCAGGUCAAGAGCCCGCCCGCUGUCGAGCGUUCGGCACUACCAAUCUCGGAGCGCCGAAUCUCAUCUCCUAAUCCAUUCCUGGAUCUUACAGCCAUUCCCAAGGAUCAAAUCAGGAUCUGUAUUGCAGAAGACAACCCUAUCAACCAAAAGAUCGCCAUCCAAUACGCACAACGGCUAGGAUACGUUACGGUAGAUGCGUUCGAGAACGGGCUGAAGGCCGUGGAGGGUUUGCGGCAAAAGGCUAAGGAAGGUCGCCCAUAUCACGUGGUUCUCAUGGACGUACAGAUGCCGGUGCUUGACGGUUACGAGGCGACGAAGAUGAUCCGCAAAGAUUCCAUCGACGCGGUACGGAAGGUUCUGGUCAUUGCCAUGACAGCGUCCGCUAUUCAGGGGGAUCGAGAGAAGUGCCUGGCGGCCGGUAUGAACGACUACCUGGCAAAACCCGUUCGGUCGGAGGUGCUGAGGAAGAAAUUGGACACCUACGUCAGCCCUCAACUUUCCAACGCAUCUUCCCCUGAUGGGGUUCGCACCAACGUCCCGUCCCCGUCUUACUUCACGACGGACCUCAACGGAGCCGCAGCCAACUUCGCCCUACCAAUCAGGGACAAUCCGGCUUUCAGCCGCCCAACAGGUAGCAGCACGGCACCCAGUCAAUUAUCCAGCGGUACCAAAUCUACCACGGACAUGGGCUCACUUUCUGAGACGCAGUCACAGGCAGCCUUGCAAAAGAGGGCAUCCCGGAAGCUCACCAAGACGCGAAAUAGCGAGACAAUACCAGAAAAACCACGAUCCGUUCUUACCAAAAAGCCUCCUCAGCGCCAGGGUACGGGAUCGUCGAUGGACAGCGAAUUGAGACCGGACAACCAAUCGUUCACAAAUAGCCGAAACAGCGUGAGCUCCCAGGGAUCUGGCAGCAGGGACAGAACGUUUCCCAUCUAG